AUGAACCUAUUCCGGGUGAGACUGAACUGCAUCGAUCAUUACCAAGCGACUCCAACGCAUUAUGAUCCACAGCUGAGAAAGGAUGUCGGCCCUGCACAAGCGAAGAAAGGCCCGAAAGUCCCGGUUGUGAGAGUGUUUGGUUCGACAGAGACUGGUCAAAAAGUCUGCGCUCACAUUCACGGCGCUUUCCCUUAUCUCUAUGUUGAGUACCAUGGCAGCUUGGAGCCUGAAGAGGUCGGAGCAUACAUCUAUCGGCUUCAUUUGUCUAUUGACCACGCCCUGGCUGUUAGCUACAGGCGUGAUCAGUAUGGAGAAAACGCCAAGUUUGUCGCUCGCAUAACCCUCGUCAAGGGAAUCCCAUUCUAUGGCUUUCACGUGGGAUACCGAUUCUUCCUCAAGAUUUACAUGUUCAACCCUAUUGUCAUGACAAGGCUAGCCGACCUUCUACAACAGGGAGUUAUCUUGAAGAAGAAAUUUCAGCCUUAUGAAGCCCAUCUUCAGUACCUGUUGCAGUUCAUGACUGACUACAAUUUGUACGGUUGUGGUUACCUGGAUGCGUCUGAUGUUUAUUUUCGAGGCCCCAUUCCGUCUUUCGAAGAAGUUGGCAACUCCCAACAUAUGUGGCAUGACCGAACAAUUCCCCGAGGCCGGGUUCUCGAUGAUCUGAGUCUGCCUAGGGUCAGUCAUUGCUCUGUUGAAGUUGACAUAUGCGUCCAGAACAUCAAAAAUCGACACUUGGUCAAAGAGCGUCGGCUUCAUCAUGAUUUUGUUGAGCGUGUCAAGCCGCUUCCAGCAGAUGUGAAGCUGGUCUACAGCAUGGCGGGACUUUGGAAGGACGAGACUCGCCGUCGGAAACUGAAAAUGCCCAACGCCGAUCCCGGCAGUAGCCCAUUUCCAGCGGAAGUCUUGGUUUCCAUGUCUGCGAAUGCGCGUGACUCGCAACCGCAAGGGUGGAUUCACGAAGAAGAGUACAAAGAGGAAGUCGCCAAGCUCAUCGAUUCGGAAAAAGACCCUAAAGAUCAAUCAGAGCCAAAGUUUGAGACAUUCGUCAAGCAAGCGCCACUGGAGUCCACAGUCAAGACAGCACUUCAAUCUGUCGAGGACUUGUACCCCGCAAACCUUCUGCCAGCCCUUGGGUUGCCCUCUAACCAUGAACAAAAGACCAACAAUCCGGCGAGCAGCAUAGAGGUUGACGAGCAGGGUGUUCUCGAUCUAGGCGCCGACGACUUUGAUCCAUAUCCUGCCGAUUCUGAUGAAGAGGCCCUUAUUCAAAGGGAAGAAUCGAAGUCGAAAAAGGAUGGCCAAAAAAGGGAUGCUGCCGAUCCUACGAAGCGGCGGGUUGACAAACGAGGAGAUCUACCCGCAAAUGGGGAGCCCACGAAACUUACCGAAGAGAAACGUUUACUAGUCGAGAAUACCGUCAACAGGCUAGAAGUCGACUUCCCGAUCCCUCAAUACGAGGGUGUUUGUGCCAGCAGGCUGAAAACCAACCGGCCACCACUGAUGCCAGUCUGGGAUGAUCUUCUUAAUACAGCCGAAGAGGAAGGGCUCGUGUCCAAAUCAAAAGGAGACACGAGCUCAAGUCGCCCACGAACGGCAUCAGCGAAACGAAGCCCAUCACCAGACGCAACGGUGCCUUCAGCGAAACGCAUCAGGAGCGAGACUUCAAAGCCACCUGUGCCCCAAGUCCCGAUCAAAAGUAUCUUGAAUACUGGGCCCGUUUCCAAGAAGCACCAAGUCACAAUGUUGCCGCCCAAUUCCCAGGAACCCCCAUGGCUUUCACAGAAUGCGGGAUCAAAGCCCAUAACAAAUCAGAAGCUGGCUUUUCCAGUGGUCAAAAGCCAGGAAGAUCCAAGUACCAAGCUUCGACUAAGCCAAAUGAGUCAGCCUCGAGCCUCGCAACAAGCCGACAAAGAUUCACAAAAGCAAGUUUCCUUCGACUUAGCUCCCAAAGACACAAGCAACAACCCCAAGACACCAGUUUCGACCAAGAAAGUCCAAAUAGCAACACCGUCGACAGAAUCGAUUGGAACGGAGACGAUGGUGAAGCGCAUCCAGACAGCUAUUGGAGAGUUUUCAUCCAAACGCCAGUUUGUGGUUGGAUCACUACCUCCUGCUCCGAAAGAACUUAUAUCCACAAUGAAAGACCUUCAAAUUCCGGAUGUAGUUUACCAAGACGCCUAUUAUAGCGAAGAGAAGGAUGUCCCUGCUCGAACCCGAGAGUAUGCUGGGCGAGAGUUUCGCCUCGAGAGCAACACCUUGCCAUUUCUGGCUGACUUUGACCCAACUGGCACAUCCGCAGCAAGCAUGGGCAUUAAGCAAGAUGCGCCAAUCGACAAGGCUAAAACAGAUUUGCUGUAUGAUAAUCAGGGAAAAGCAUGCUCAUACCGGAGCUGGGAAAUAGCAAAGCCACCGCCAACCUUCAAAGAGGUUCAGAAUUGGUGGAACGAGAAGCAUCCCGUGCAGCGAAAACGCAAUAAUGCUACUGCCAAGGUCAUGGGCACUCCUCGAGCAACAAGACGUUACCUUUCCCAGAUUGAUGGGCCAACUCCAAAGAAUAAGCAUGGCUUCAAAUACUCGCCGAAGAAGAAGUCGACCGGUGUCAAGCACGAGGCACAGUACAUGAGCACCAUGGCCCUAGAGGUUCAUGUUAACGCGCGAGGCAAGUUUGUGCCCAACCCUGACGAGGAUGAAGUUCAGUGUAUAUUCUGGUCCAUCAAAGCAGAUGGCACUGUCAGCAACAGUCAGGAAGCAGCGGGAGGAAUCCUUGCUGGGGUUGUUGUCUUGUCGCCAGAUGGGACUCUUGCUGCGAGGAUGCGCCGAUACGUACCCGCAGAGGUCAUUGAAGAGUCUUCCGAGCUUGACCUCAUGGUCCGAAUGGUGGAGAUCGUUAGGGCACAUGACCCAGACAUCCUAACAGGAUAUGAGGUCCAUGGCAGCUCAUGGGGCUAUCUCAUUGAAAGAGCCCGCGUGAAGUACGAUUACGAUCUCUGCGAUGAGUUCUCGCGCAUGAAAAGCAAUUCUCACGGGCGAAUCGGCAAGGAAAACGACCGAUGGGGCUUCAACACGACCUCGACCAUUCGUGUAACCGGCAGACACAUGAUCAAUAUCUGGCGGUCCAUGCGAGGAGAGCUGAAUCUGCUCCAGUAUACCAUGGAGAACGUCGUAUGGCAUGUUCUCCACCGUCGCAUACCACACUACUCCUGGAAGACCUUGACGGAGUGGUACAACAGCAACAGGCAACGAGAUCUUGAUAAGCUGUUACGCUACUACCUUACCCGAACAAAGACCGAUAUUCAGAUACUUGAGUCAAAUGAGCUCAUUCCCAGAACCAGUGAGCAGGCAAGACUAUUGGGCGUAGACUUCUUUUCCGUCUUCUCGCGUGGCUCUCAGUUCAAGGUUGAAUCCAUCAUGUUCAGGAUUGCCAAACCCGAAAACUUCAUGCUUGUCUCUCCCAGCAGGAAGCAGGUUGGAGGCCAGAAUGCACUCGAGUGUCUUCCGCUUGUCAUGGAGCCUCAAAGCGACUUUUACAACAGCCCACUGUUAGUGCUCGACUUUCAGAGUUUAUACCCCAGCGUUAUGAUCGCUUACAACCUUUGCUACUCGACAUUUCUUGGCAGGAUUGUCAACUGGCGGGGGAUGAACAAGAUGGGUUUUACCGAGUACCAGAGGCAUAAACGUCUUCUUGAGCUUCUGAAGGACCACAUUAACAUCACACCCAACGGAAUGAUGUACGUGAGGCCCGAGAUUCGCAAGUCCCUCCUUGCCAAGAUGCUCGGCGAGAUCCUGGAGACCCGAGUGAUGGUCAAGAGCGGGAUGAAGCAAGACAAGGACGACAAGACGCUCCAACAGCUACUCAAUAACAGACAGCUGGCGUUGAAGCUUCUUGCGAAUGUUACCUAUGGUUACACUUCGGCGUCUUUCUCUGGUCGCAUGCCAUGCUCAGAGAUCGCAGACAGCAUCGUUCAAACGGGCCGAGAGACAUUGGAACGAGCCAUUGCAUACAUCCAUUCGCAGGAGCGGUGGGGCGCCGAGGUGGUUUAUGGUGACACAGACAGUCUGUUUGUCUAUCUCAAGGGCCGCACCAAGGACCAAGCCUUUGACAUUGGCAAUGAAAUCGCGAAGGCCAUCACGGACAUGAACCCAAGGCCGAUCAAACUGAAGUUUGAAAAGGUAUACCAUCCUUGCGUCCUUCUGGCUAAGAAGCGGUAUGUUGGCUACAAAUACGAGAGCAGAGAUCAGGUCAAGCCUGACUUCGAUGCCAAAGGCAUUGAGACUGUCAGACGGGAUGGGACUCCAGCCGAGCAGAAGAUCGAAGAGAAGGCCCUCAAGAUCCUCUUCGAAACGGCGAACCUCAGCGAAGUCAAGUCAUAUUUUCAGAGGCAGUGCGAGAAGAUCAUGCGAGGGUCCGUUUCAGUGCAGGACUUUUGCUAUGCGAGGGAGGUCAAGCUUGGUACGUACAGCGACAAGGGGCCGCCGCCGCCGGGAGCGCUUAUCAGCACGAAAAAGAUGCUCGAGGAUGCGCGGGCAGAGCCGCAGUAUGGAGAACGGGUGCCCUACGUUGUGAUUACGGGAGCCCCCGGGGCGCGACUGAUAGAUCGCUGCGUGGCACCGGAAGAUCUCCUCAACGAUUCGCACUCCCAGCUGGACGCCGAGUACUAUAUCUCCAAGAACCUGAUCCCGCCGCUGGAGAGAAUUUUCAACCUUGUGGGCGCCAACGUGCGGCAAUGGUACGACGAGAUGCCCAAGGUCCAGCGCAUCCGCCGGGUCGACCAGACGCUCGGUCCCGGGCUCAACAAGAAGACACUAGAGUCAUACCUGAAGUCGGCCUCAUGCAUCUCUUGCAACGUCAAGAUGCAGGUCGAAGGCGUAAUGUGCUCCAAGUGCCAGCAGGAUGCGCCGUCGUCGCUGUACCACCUCCAGGUGCGGUUGAACCAAGAGGAGAGGAAGUACAUGGACGUGCUUAAGAUCUGCCGGAGCUGUUCGGCGAUGCCUGCGGCGGACGAAGUGCCCUGCGAUAGCAAAGACUGUCCGGUGUUUUACUCGCGGGUCAAGCAGAGCGCGCGACUCAAGAUGGAGAAGAGCGCCUUGGAGCCUGUCAUUAAAGAGUUGGUUGCAAAGGCGGGAAGAGCCGCAUUGGAGUGGUGA